AGAAGCUGAUUUCUUGCUUUUAGAAUUUACUGGUUCUUUACUAGAUAUAAUUCAUAUUUAUCUUGAUAGAGUUGAGGGGGUGUUGGGUGGCUACUUAGAUGCCCAACAAUCUUAGAUCCUAGGCAUGAGAUACCUGGAUCCUGGAUGUUAGGGUAUGUAGAGUUCACAUGUUUGGCAUGCCAUCAUAUAGAUUCCUAAAUUCAUUGAUAAGCUUUGGUUAUCCCUUUCAAUGUUUUGUAACUUUGAAUUCUUUGUUUCAUUAUUGAGAUUUGACUUUGAAUUUCUAGAAAUACUAUUUCCCAAUUGCAUAAAAUGUUUUGAUGUAACAAGCUUAAAGCAUAGUAAGCUUUAGCUUGAGGGGGAGCGUUAAAAUUCAGUGUAUGUUUUUAUUAUUCUUUGAUUGUUCUACAUCCUAGGCUAAAUGUUAGUAGUCCUAGUCAACACAACUUCCUAGAAGGUUUGAUAUUACAAGAAAAACACACAUAAAUUUACUCAUAUUUACAUGUUAACAGAGCAAGUUCUGAUUCUGACCUAUCUUUUUGCUUCACUAUGGCUGCCGGCGGCGGCAUUUGCCGCUGGCAGCACCAUAACCACCAUUUUCAUAGUUUUUCCACAGUUCUGUCCUUUUUUACAUUGUUAUAGUUGUGCCAACACCAGCUGCACCUUUUCCAGUGAGAACCACUGUCCAAAACCACCACACAAUCCUUUGGCGAGCAUGACAAUGCUUUUCCCGUCGUCAACCGACACUGCAUGCGCCGUCAGACAUGUCCACCUUCUCUAUGUUUGGGUCCCAUGCGCCUCCACCAAAUCUGCACGUGCACCUGUCUCUGACAACCAUAUUUUAUCUUGGCUGUCGCGAAUGCCCCUCUGCCACCUUCUACGGGUCUUUUCAUCAUUUGGUUGGGCUGCUGCUGUGAGAACUUGGUUUCAAGGAAAAUGUGCCAUUUGCUCAGAAAAUCCAAGGAUAUUCCCACCGACGAUCUAUCCGAUAGAGACUCUUUUUCCACAUAUGAAUCAUAUUAGUGGUGUCUUUUAUUCUCACCGAUGAUCAAUCCAGUGGUGAUUCUAUUACCACGUAUGAAUCAUAUUAGUGGUGCAUCUUAUUUCCACCAAUGAUCAAUCUGAUGGUGACUCAGUCCAACGCGAGGACUCUUUAAUUGACGAUGAGGUACAUAUGAAUCAUAUUAGUGUUGCCUUUUAUUACCACCGACGGUCAAUCCUGUGGUGACUCUUCUCCCACAUAUGAAUCAUAUUAGUGGCACAUUUUAUUCCCACUGAUAAUCAAUCCGGUGGUGACUCUUUACCCACACUUGAAUCAUAAAUGGUGGCUCAUCUUCUCAAACAAGUCCAACAAUUGUCAAACUUAGUUUCAAUUUUUGUGAUAAAAUAUUUUGAUGUAACAAGCUUAAAGUAUAGUAAGCUUUAGCUUGAGGGGAAGCGUUAAAAUUCAUUGUAUGUUUUUAUUAUUCUUUGAUUGUGCUGCACCAUAGGCUAAAUGUUAGUAGUCCUAGUCAACACAACUUUCCAGACAUUGAAUGCAAUUAUUGAAAUAUCAUUAUAAAUAGAAUGUGUGAUCUCACAAGAAUAACACACAUAAAUUUACUCAUAUUUACAGUAUGUAUAAAUAUACUAAAAAAAUCAGUUAUAUAUCAAUUUACUAUAGCAUUAGAAUUUUGAAUAUUUACCGGUAUCAUAAUAAUAAAAUAAUUCUUUGUUGCACAAAUGGGAUGAAUCAGGACUCAGGAGUUACUCACCAAAAUUCUCAACUUUUCAAUUAAUUUUUUUUCUUCUUCUGAAUGAAUGUCAUAAGGGGAAAAUCCUGGACGAACAUGGGUGCAUAGUUACAUGCACAAAAGGAUUCAUGGAUGCAUGCCUGAUGCAACAUGUUUUUUGUAAAUUUUGCUUUAUUUUUAUCCUAAUGAAAUGAUUUUUCUUUCUCUUUUGUUGGUUUA